CUGCAGAUGGCGCUGUCCUCCCAGUUCUCCUGUUGUGGUCUUGGCAGGGGCGGAGCGGGCAUAGUGAUCGGGCCCGGGGGGCUGCUCGUAUACCGAGCUCCGCGACCGGACUGCUGUUAUAGAGCUAUGUCUGACGGCUUUGAUCGCGCCCCGGGGGCAGGUAGAAGCAGAGGCCGCGGCACGCUGAGUCUGGGGACGGGGGCAGGGAGAGGCCGUGGCCGGGGAGCGGAGACCACCGACAACGGGAAGGUAGCCGGCUUCAGGGCCCAGAGCCACGUAGAGGAGUCGGGGAAGCCCACAUCACAGAGGGCGGGAGGUCUCCAGCAGCAGCAGGAGCCGCUCCGUCCGCCAAUUACAAGCCCGCCCCGGGGGCCCGACAUCACCGCAGCUCAACAGAUAAGCCAGAAAAAGGCUCAUUUAUCUGCCCAAACCAAUUCCAUGGCAGUGUCCAAGGGCCAGCACCAGGAUUCCGGGGCCGUCAUCUCUAACCUGUCCGUGAACGCAGCAGAGUUCUACCCGUCUGGAUAUUCUGUAGAUAACUAUGUGGAAGAAAACGGAGGCUACCCGGUUGUCCCUGAGCCGACUAUGGCAGAAUACGUCCAGGAUCUACUAAACCAUUUAACAGAACAGCCUGGGAGCUUUGAGGCUGAAAUCUACCAGUUUACAGAUGUACUAAACAACUGGGUCACCACCGAAGAGUCCUUACAGGAAGUGGUGGAGCUUCUCUAUCAGCAGGCAACUUCAGUACCGAAUUUCUCCUACACGGGCGCACGUCUGUGCAAUCACCUGUCCAUUAACCUUCAGAUAAACCCACAGAACUGGAACUUCAGACAGUUGCUGCUUAAGAGGUGUCAGACAGAAUUUGAAAAAAGAGAUCAGGCAGCGAAAGGAGACGAAGCGACACGGAAGCGCUUUCAUGCCUUUGUACUGUUUUUGGGGGAACUUUAUCUUAACCUGGAGAUCAAAGGAGCAAAAGGCCAGGUGACCAGAGCUGUGAUCCUCCAGAGCGGUCUGAAGGAGCUGCUGAAUGCUCUGUUCUCCAAUCCCGUGGAUGAUAACGUCAUCUGCGCUGUGAAACUACUGAAGUUAACUGGAUCGGUUCUAGAAGAUGCCUGGAAAGAGAAAGGGAACUCCUACAUGGAGGAAGUGAUCCAGAGAAUGAAGAAUGUGGUUCUGGAUGCAGACUGUAGCAGGUUGAAAAUGGCAAUUAGCCCAUCACAAGAUGUGAAACAGAUGCUACUGAAGUUGGUAGAACUUCGGUCGAGUAACUGGGGGAGGGUCCAAUCGGCAUCAACCUUCAGUGAAGCAACUCCUGAAAAUGACCCGAAUUACUUCAUGAAUGAGCCCACAUUUUACACAUCAGAAGGUGUUCCCUUCACUGCGGCCGACCCAGAUUAUCAGGAAAAGUACCAGGAGAUGCUGGAUAGAGAAGACUUUUUCUGCGAUGAAAACGGGACAGAUUUACCUGGUUCUGGAGAGCCGUUCCUUGAUGAUUUAGAUGACGACGCGAUGGACCCAGAGAUGGAAGAGGCCUACGAAAAAUUCUGCUUGGAGUCAGAGCGCAAGAGAAAACAGUGAAAACACAGGCGUAGUGAACCGAUUGCGCGGCACGUCCAGUAUGUUCAGCAAACAGGGCAGAUGUAUCAUUCUUACACCAAAUUUGUUAAGUUCAAGCUUAUCUGAAAACUAGAAAUUUAUGCAAUCUUUGUUUAACUGAAUGCCAAAAAAAAAAAAAGCGUACGCUGAUACCCUGUAACUUAAAACGACAGUUUGUGUAUAUAUUAUAGUUUAAUUUCUGUACAGUUAAAAGAACAGUGUUUUUGGCUGCAAUAAAAUGAAACAAAUUCAAAAGUAUAUUGUCAUAACUUUGAUGAGAUGGGAACUGCAGAUGAUACAAGGGAUGUGGCAGUUACUGAAUGAGGCCUAGGAUAGGCCGAAUCAUUCAGACUGGGUGGGUGUAGCUGGUCGUGACGAGCUUACACCCACCCACCCCACUUUGCCCAUUUCCCUUUUGUCAGAAGUAUUUUGGAUCUGUUUGUGUCCUUGACAUGGAAACCUUCCUUAGCAAACACACAGCUUAGUUUACCCACAGGUAUUCUGUUUGCUCAGCAUGUCCACGGGAUCUUCUCAAAAACAGACCGUUUGUGUUCUCACUUUCAUCAACUUUGUAAGGGGGGUGACGUUAAAAUAUCGAAGAGGGUUCUGUUUGUGAUGCAGAUGAUUUCCAUUCUCUAUGUAACAAGUCAGUGGAAACCUAACGUGGAAGGGGCUGUUGUCCGAAGGUGCCAGAUGUAUAUUGAUAUUGUAUUAUAUAGCUUUAGUGAUAAAGUGUGUAGAUUCUGUGGUUUUAGGUUUUGAAUGAAUACCAAUCUUGCCUCAAAAAAAAAAAAAAAAAAAAGUUUUGUGCAAAUGGAAGGAAAUGUGGAAAAAAAAUAAAAAAGGCAUUGAAAUAUAUUAAUGAUAUGGGGAAUGUUGGCGGGCUGUGUAAUCGGAUUCCUUUUAUUUCUGAAUGAAGCUGUGACCAUGUGACAUGAUUUUCAAGCUUUGUUUCCAGCCUGAUGCGGUCAUUGAUGAGUUUCUUGCCCUCAUUAUAGAUUGUUUUAGCCAUUCAGUAUGAUUGCCGGUGUGUUGUAUCUCUCAGAAUGUAAUGUGUCUUCAGACUGCAGGAUUACGCAACCUGUGUCUCUUUCACUGUUGUGGAACCGAAUUUCCAGCAUGCCCUGUAAACUGGCUGGCAGGGUAUGCUGGUACUUGCAGUUUCAGACCAUGCGGAGAGCCCUAGAUUGCCAACCUUUUGUUUUACUGUUUACUGUUUGUUGUUCCUGACAAUUAGAGGAAUUGUGUCCUUGAAUAAAAAAUGUCUCAACCAGACCCUAUGACCCCCCUUCCUCCUAUAGUCUUGCUGUUGUUUACGUAGCACCUAUUAUAGUCUAGAAUAUGGAGCUAUACUUUUAAAGGCCCUCAAGUCUAAUCCCUGAUGAUUUCAUUCAUUUCACUUUAAUUUUCUUUGCAGCAGUAGUUGCAUUUCUGACAUCUAUGGGUAUAUUUACUAAGCCUCAACUUUUCAAAACUACUAAUUUUUUUGCUGUUUAAAAUAUCACAGGCGAAACCACUGAAAGUCUGUAGUUUUGGAAACCUGCUGCUUAGGAAAUAUGACCCAAAAUAAAUAAAUAUAUAUAUAUAUAUAUAUAUAUAUAUGUAUAAAUAUAUAUAUGUGAAUGUAUGUAUGUGUGUGUGUGUGUGUGUGUGUGUAUGUAUAUAUAUAUAUAUAUAUAUAUAUAUAUAUACAUACAUACGUAUACUGGUUGAGUAUCCCAUAUCCAAAUAUUCCGAAAUACGGAAUUUUUUGAGCGAGAGCGAAAUAGUGAAUCCUUUGUUUUCUGAUGGCUCAAUGUACACAAACUUUAUUUAAUACUCAAAGUUAUUAAAAAUAUUGUAUUAAAUUACCUUCAGGCUGUGUGUAUAAGGUGUAUGUGAAACAUAAAUGAAUUGUGUGAAUGUACACACACUUUGUUUAAUGCACAAAGUUAUUAAAAAUAUUUGCUAAAAUGACCUUCAGGCUGUGCGUAUAAGGUGUAUAUGUAACAUAAAUGCAUUCUGUGCUUAGACUUGGGUCCCAUCACCAUGAUAUCUCAUUAUGGUAUGCAAUUAUUCCAAAAUACGGAAAAAUCCGAUAUCCAAAAUACUUCCGGUCCCAAUCAUUUUGGAUAAGGGAUACUCAACUAUAUAUAUAUAUAUAUAUAUAUAUAUAUAUAUAUAUGUAUAUCUAUCUAUAUAUAUGUCUAUCUAUCUAUCUAUAUAUAUAUAUAUAUAUAUCUCCGCUAUGAUUAAUGGCAGUUUUCUUUCUUCUUCAAAUUAUAAUCUUGUUAAAAUCCUCCAAAGCAUGAAGUUGUAGCAUCUAACCGUAAUGCUAACUCCAGUCUUUAUGCCCUAUUUCUCUACACCCAGAACUAGGACUCGCCUAUGUAGGUGACCGGUUUAAAUAAAAAUACUUUUUAUUUUGUAUAUCAUUAAAUGUCGCUGAAACUCAACGCAUGCAGCUAUUUUAUAGACUGAACCAAUCAAUAUCUCUGAUAGUGCAGCCAGUCAAUCUGCAAACUACCAAUGUAUAAUGGCCAUGAUUCUUUGUAAGACUGUUAUAGCCUGAAUAUGGCUGCUCAGCAAUUGGUGCGCUUAAGUAUAGCUAUGCUUAGUAAUUAAUUUAUAGAUUUGCACAGAUUUGGUCAUGAUUAUUUUGAUGCCACGAGGCCUUGUCAUGUCAGAUUAUAGUCUAUGGGAUCUGCUGUUAUAGAGUUUCAGAGAAAGGUUUAAAUAGCCUGAAUAUGCAUAUAAUGAGCCAUGUUUACACUAGAGAUGAGCGUGUUCGGAUUUACUUGGUUCUUAACGCCAGAAUUAACGCCAGUUCGGAUUCAUCCGGAUUUUUCUUAUUGGCUAACCAAAAAACAUGACAUCCGAGAGCCAGUAAGAUGCCGUUUUGUGAUCAGAGUAAAUCCAAACCCGCUCAGCUCUAGUUUACACCAGGGGUUUUAAACUCCAGUCCGUUAGUACUCCUAACAGGUCAUGUUUUCUAGUUUUCUUUAAUCAUGCACUGGUAAAUUAAUCUCUCUUGCUUUGUCAGUAACUGUCCCUCAUGCUUUCACAGAUAGGAAUCCUGAAAAUGUGACCUGUUGGGUACAUGGGGUUUGGAUAUGAAAAUCACUGGUUUACACUCCUCGAAGGCUUAUUAUUGCAGUUCUGUAAUACAGUUUAUUAAUUCACUAGUGACCCCACUACUCAGUAGUCCCUAAUAAGCUGAUACAAUCCCCCCACAAUACAGUUUCCUCCACUCUGUGUUGGCAAAAGACCCACUUCAAAGAACCAUUACACCUAAACGCAUACUGCUUCACAUGAUUGCAAUCACAGACAUGUAAAAAUUUGCACAUCUUGAUAGAACUUGAGAUAUUUCACAUAGUAUUUACGUUUGCUAUGCGGCUAAGUGCAGGCUAGUGCUUUGUUUUCAGUUUUAGCUGUGUCCAUUCACGGAAUUGCACAUAGGGAAUCCGCUGUGUCUUAAAUAUCUUAAGUUAUGGUAACAUGUUAACUUUUUUUUUUACAUAUGUUUGUGAUCCAAAACCACACUGUAUAAUAUUUAAGUGUUUUUCUGUAAGCCAACUUGUGGUUUAAUGGUUCUUUUAAGGAAUGAAACUUCAUUAGGCAUAUAGGGUUCCAUUAUUUGUGUAAUGUGCACUAGACAUACUCCACAAAGACUUGCUAUCCGUACAUACAGCAGUUCAUCAAAAAUAAUCAAGUUUAAUUUCAUGUUUUACUCUUGUGACUGGUACGUUUUUCAGAGAUGCAGCACUCUGUAAUCUAGCGGAGAGAUAUCGUCCAUAGGAUAAUGCCUCCUAUUUUCUUAUUGGGCCCUUGUAGACUGGAAUGUCUGAUGUGUGUUUAUUUUAGUCAUACUAUAGAACCUGUAAUAUUACCGUGGUGGGGGGAAGGGGGUCAUGGUCCUGACCGCCUGUACUGAAUCCAUCUGCACUGAUAAUUCUGAGGUACAGCUGCUGCCAUACUGCAUUAUGUAUAAGCACUUAACAUGUUUUGUACAUUCAUUGUUGUGAGAGUUAUUUAUCUUUUCUGUUCUCCCUUGUAUAAAUACAGUAAAUAAAAGAUUUUACAUUA